UCGACGAAGACAACGCUGAACACACCUGAUCGUCUUCAUCCCACUUAGUCUUCCGCUUCUCAGCCGCAGCCUGUCCCCUGAUCUUGAGUUCACCCGGAUUCUCGUCGACGUCCAUCUUCGCAUUCAUGUCCCGCGAAGGCUUGUCCCGGCGGUCUGGAGUAGAGCUCCGACUCCUGCUCAACGUCCUGCUGCGGCUGGCACUAGGACUUCGUCGGCGCUCUCGUGAGCGCUCGACACCGCGCCUCGGGGGCGCUCGACCUAACGAGCGACUUCGACUCUUCCGGAUCCUCCUAGGCGGAGGGCUGCGGGAGCGACUUAUGCUCCGACUCGGGCUUCUGCGCCUGCCGUACUUGCCACGAUACGGCGGGCUCCGGGAGCGGGUACGUGAGCGCGGGGGCGGGGAGAGCCGCCGCCUCUGUGCUGGAGGGCUGCGAGAGUCCCGCCCUCGGAUACGCCUGUCGCGAUCACGCGGCGGAGGAGUAUAUGAGGGCGAUCGUGGGCGACGACGUGGAGGCGGGCUGCGUGAUAACGAACGGCGAGGCGGCUCGCGCGGGCGGCGCGGUGGUGGAGAACGAGAAAGAGACCGACCACCGCGAGGGGGAGACCGGAAUCGCCGGGCUGGGGGAGUCCGCGAACGCGAGCGUGAACUGCGCGCACUGGGAGACGUAUGUGACGGCGAUCGGCGACGGCGGGGUGGGGGUGAACGCGGCGGUGGUGAACGCGAUAUUGAGCGUCGGCGGCCAGGGCGCUGUGUACGACGCGUUAGAAGCUACUUGACUCAGUGGUAAAGCAGCACGAGACUCACACCACCACCCCGUCCACCCCAUCCGCUGUCGCGUGGUCUACCACCGCGGUCAUCAUCGAAGCCUCCUCUUCCCCCUCGUCCUCGCCCUCUGCCACGUCCUCUGCCAUUACCACGUCCUUCUCGUUCGUGUUCGCGGAUCUCGUCCAGACGUGCCCGCCUGUCUCGCUCAUCCAACGCGCGUGUGUCACCCAUCCUGGCCUGGCGCAUCUCUGCCUUCUUUUCCUCGACGAAGGAUUGAGGUACACCUGCGGGUGACUCUUGUGCCUCGAUCAGGAGUUUCCACAGAGAAGACAUGAAUUCAGCUGUGUGGUUAGUAAGGAAUCCCGUCAGGUUGAUCUGCAUCUUCCUGGGGUCUGGUGUCUGAGAGCGUCCCGGU